AUGGUUGGGGAGCAGAUUAUCAACGUUAUCCGUAAGGCUGUCGGGGAUGAAGACCCGAUGGAAGGUAUUACCGCGGAGCCUUCUGUCCAGCCAGAUGACGGGGAUAAAUCGCUGAAAGAGAGAAGCGCGGUCAUUGCCGAUAUAACGGCAAGCUUCGCUCUCCUAGAACGAGCAGUUGCUAAUUUCGAUGCCAGGUAUACCCUGAGGGUUCUGCGGUCCCUAAACACCCUUCGGAAACGAUUUACUGCUUCGAUAUUGGUUGACAUCAUAAAGAAGACCUUCCCACCCUCCCAUCCAGCUCUGGCUUCUUUAGAAUCAAUACUCAUAGAUGAUUCACCUAUCGGCAACAAUACUAACCAUGAUGACACGGCAAUGGAUGUCGAUACUGAUAUCAAACCCGCUGAGGUUAUACUCCCCGAGGUUGACAUAUAUCUCCACCUUGCCGUUCAGGUCUACCUCCUUGACCAGGGACAAUUCGAAAAGGGAGCAAGGUUCUCCGAUGACCUCGUCAAGCGCAUGCACGGAAUGAACAGGAGGACUCUAGACUCAUUAGCUGCUAAAGUUUACUUCUAUUAUUCAAUUUUUAACGAAUCUUUACCUGGAUCCGAGGCUUCCAUAGCUAUACGUGCCCAGCUCCUAGCUUCCCUUCGCACCGCAACGCUAAGAAAGGAUAUCGAUACCCAGGCAACUAUCAUUGUCCUACUUCUUCGAAACUACCUAUCAACCUCCCAUAUCAGUCAGGCCGACUUAUUGGUUACUCAUGCAGCGUUUCCCGAGACCGCUGCAAAUAAUCUUUUCGCACGCUAUUCAUAUUAUCUUGGCCGGAUCCGCGCUAUACAACUCGACUACUCCAGCGCACAUGAGUACCUUAUCAGUGCGACUCGAAAAGCUCCGCAGGUUGCCGUGGCUGCGGGAUUCGUACAAGCCGCCAAUAAAUUGAAUAUCAUUGUUGAGCUCCUCAUGGGAGACAUCCCGGAGAGGAGCAUCUUCCGACAACCCAUGCUUGAAAAACCUCUACGCCCAUACCUAGCUCUGGUCCGGGCGGUGAGGGUCGGCGAGUUGGAUGCCUUCCAGACUACUGUGAACCUACAUGCAGAAACAUUCAAACGGGAUGGGACAUACACACUUAUAUCGCGCUUACGUCAAAACGUCAUCAAAACAGGGAUUCGAAUGAUGAGUAUCGCCUAUUCUAAAAUUUCACUUCGCGAUAUCUGUGUCCGUCUCCGACUAGACUCCGAAGAAAGCGCAGAAUACAUUGUCGCAAAAGCAAUUCGAGAUGGUGUUAUCGAAGCGGGCCUGAAUAACGAGAAAGGCUACAUGCAGAGCAAGGAAUUGACGGAUGUAUACGCCACAAAAGAGCCUCAAGACCAAUUCCACGAGCGCAUCAAGUUUUGUAUGCAGCUACACAAUGAGUGUGUUACGGCUAUGCGUUUCCCGAUGAAUCAGCACCGCCUUGAGCUAAAGAAUGCGCAAGAGGCACGAGAGCGAGAGCGAGAACUUGUUAAGGAGAUACAAAGUGGAGACCGGGAUGAUGAUGAUGGUGACUUUGAAGGUAUCUAG